AUGGCAACCCGCUCCAGGCCGCCCUCUCAAGCCUGCUCCCCUGUCAAUCAAGGACAGCUGGAAUCCCUACUUCUGCCAGCCUCCCCUGAGCUUGGCAAAGUCUCUCUUGAGCAGGUCAUCUGCCUCCUGUGGGGAUUACAAUCCCAAAUCAACUGCCUUGAGCAGACCCUCUUGGAACAAAGUGAAAUUAAUCAAGAGGUUUGCACCAACAUUGAGAACAUCUCCCAAGUGGUCAAUGUUGUCAAGGAUGGGCCUGCCCAGCUCCAACUCCCCCAGGGUCCCCACACCCCAGAAGAUCAAAAACCCCCUGCAGUUGAGGAAACUCCCUGGGCCACGCCCAAAGCCAAGCCUAUUGGCAAGGCUCAACCCUUCCUUGGGGCCCCAGCCCCUAUCAUCUCUACAGGGGCCCCUAGGUGCAACCCCCUUACCCUGUUCAACCCUUACCCCUCCUCUUCCUUCCCUUUGGGACCAGCUCCAGCCACCCAAGGACCUCCACCAGCACCUGUCAUCACCCUGGCGCCUGUCAUCACCCUGGCGCAGCCUCCAGCCCCCUCCACUGUAAAAGUGGAUCACCCCAAUGCCUUCAAAGGCAAAAUUGGCUUGGAGGCCAAGCAAUGGCUCACCUGUAUGUUGGCCUGGGUACGCCUUAACCAAAGGCAAUUCCCAACAGACUUGGAGGUCCUCUCUUUCCUCCUCAUGAAUAUGACAGAGGCUGGCAGAGCCUGGGCUCACCCCCACCUGGACCAAUCAGGGUCCCACUGUGCACUCAUCCAAACUGUGGAUGAAUUCAAAAUUGAGUUCCUGGCCACCUUUGGCAACCCAGAUGCUACCCAAGCAGCGGAGCAGAAGAUCACUUCCCUCACCCAGACCAGCACUUGUGCCAAAUAUAUUACUAAGUUCCGCAUGCUGCAAAUGGAACUUGAUUGGAACAAUGCUGCACUCUGCGGCCAAUUUGCACGUGGACUUCACUGGGAGGUCCAAAGACAAAUUGCCAUGAGAGAGAGGCAACCCCGUACUCUGAGGGAGCUGCAAGACGCUGCCCUCAUCAUUGACAAUGCCCUUUGUGAGGAGCAAGCCAGCCACCCGCAGCAGGGUAAUAAGCCUGGCAAAACCUCAACCACCCCCCAACCAGGGGGCAAGCACCAGCCAACAGGCCACAAAAACCAGUUCCCUUUCCUCCAAUCCCAAUUACAUCUUGGAGGAAGAACACAAUUGCCGCCGCACAGAAGGCCUCUGCGUGAAAUGAGGCAAGGCCAGUCACAGGCUACCCCUAAGGAGGAUAAAGGGAAAGCCAAGGAAACCACCAAAUUGGGCAAAGACUCCAAGUACCAAUUGGGAAAAGAAAUCUCCCCUCUGUUUACAAUUUCCAUUAAGCCAGAGAAACAAGCAGAACCAUUAGAAGUCCUGAUAGAUUCAGGUGCCACAUCCUCAUUCCUUCAUCCCUGCACUGUGGAGUUACUCUGCCUCCCACUCAUUGAUCUCCCUAAACCAUGCACUGUCACUAUGCUUGAUGGGUCAAGCCCCCAGGCUGGCAAAAUCUGGAAGAAGGCAUCACUGUCCUUCACCUAUGAUGGCAAAAAGAUGACGGAAACAUUCCUCAUCUGUAACACCAGAAAUCACUCAGCUAUCCUAGGUUUGAAAUGGUUAGACGCCCACAACCCAGAAAUUGAUUGGAACUCCUGUACCCUAACCUUCCCUCACAUGCCACUGGAACAAGUAGCCAUUGCCAAAGAAGAGGAAGCCAACAAAAACCCCCUUGAAGGAGUACCCUCCAAAGAGGAAGAACUCAACAAGCUUCCACCACACUGGCAUUACAAUAUUGGGAUAGAGCUUAUGGAAGAAGGACCUCUUUAUUUGCCCCUAUACAGCAUGACCAACACUGAAUCCGCCACACUCAAGCAUUGGCUCAGGGACAAACUCAAAGCAGGAAAAAUCCACCCAAGCAAGUCUUCUAUCAGCUCUCCUGUAAUGUUUGUACCUAAGAAGGAUGGUUCCCGUUGCUUGGUUGUAGACUACUGUUGCCUAAACAACCAGACAAAGAAAAAUGUCUACCCCUUACCUUGUCCAGAUGACCUCAUGGCCCAGCUCUGUGGCACCAAGAUCUUCACCAAGUUAGACCUAAGAUGGGGAUACAAUAACGUCCAUGUUAAGGAAGGCAAUGAAUGGAAAACGGCAUUCUGCACCAAGUAUGGCCUCUACAAAUCCCUGGUUAUGACUUUUGGUUUAACAAAUGCCCCUGCCGCCUUUCAACACUUCAUGAACAAGUUGUUUAAAGAUCUAUUGGAUGUAUGCAUCAUCAUUUACCUUGAUGAUAUCCUAAUCUACUCAAAGGAUGAUGCAUCCCACACACAACAUGUACACAAAGUCCUGAAACGGCUAAUGGAGAAUCAACUGUUCUGUAAGGCCUCUAAAUGCACCUUCCAUGUCACAUUGGUGGAAUAUUUGGGAAUCAUUGUCUUGGAUAAAGGGUUCAGUCUGGAUAAACUCAAAAUCCAGGCAGUACAGGAAUGGCCAAGGCCCACUAAGGUAAAGGAGGUUCAAUCACUCCUAGGGUUUGCCAACUUCUUGCACUGUUUUGUUGCCAAUUUCAGCCACAUGGCCAGGCCACUACAUAACCUGGUCAAGAAGGAUACACUUUGGAAAUGGGACUCUAGAGAACAAGAGGCCUUCCAGGGACUGAAAGAUGCCAUCACAAACGCCCUGGUCCUCUGUCAUGCCGACCCAUCAAAGCCUUAUUUCCUGGAAACAGAUGCAUCUAGCGCAGCCCUUGGGUCCAUCCUUAGCCAACAACAGGAGGAUGGACACUUACAUCCCCUGGGUUUCCUAUCAGAGUCAUUCAAGGGAGCCAAACAGAAUUACAACACCCAUGACAAGGAACUCCUGGCCAUCAUUAGAUUGUUUGAGUAUUGGCAAAUAUUCCUAGAAGGAACUCUGCAUCCCAUUACCAUAUUCACCAACCAUUGCAACCUGGAGUACUGGAAGGAAUCCCAAAUGUUCAACUGGAAACCCAAUGCACUUUCCCAACAAUCAGACCACACCAACAUUCCACCAGAACCCCAGUCCAUGCUACCAGACCCUGUAUUUGCCAACAUUGCCCUAGUCACACCAGAAAAAGAGCUGCAGCACCAGAUUGAGUUAUCUCUGGACCAAGACAAGUCCCUGGAGGAGAUCCUACAAUUCCUCCAGAAUGAAUCCAAAGCACCCCCAUCCAUAAAGCACGCAUUCAAAGACUAUGAGAUGGAAGCAGGGUUACUGUUCUACCAAGGAAGGAUUGUGGUUCCAGAUGUCAGGACCUUACAAACAGACCUACUGCGCAUUUACCAUGACAGCCCUUUGGCAGGACAUCCUGGAAGGCAACAGACCCUGGAAUUAAUAUCACAUGUCUACUACUGGCCAGGCAUCCACGCUGACACAUAUUGGCAUGUGGACUCUUGCAAACCUUGCCAAUGGAUCCAGAGGCCAAAGUACUCUUUGAUACCUCCUCAACCCCUUGAACUUCCCACCAGGCCCUGGCAACACAUAUCUUAUGACAUGAUUGUAGACUUGCCUAAAGACAGUAACAACAACUCCAUUCUAGUCAUUGUGGACAGCUUUACCAAGUACGUCAUCUUGGUGGAAUGUUCCAAGAAGCUCAAAGCACCGGCACUGGCAGACUUAUUCCUACAGCACGUGUGGAAAUGCUAUGGCAUGCCUGAGAAAACAGUCUCAGAUUGUGGAAGGGUCUUCAACAACAAAUUCCUUAAGGCAUUGUACCAGCGCCUAGGAAUAGAUCCCCACUUCUCUUUGGCUUACCACCCUCAAAGCAAUGGCCAGACAGAACAAGUCAAAUGGUUACCUAUGGCAGAAUUUGCCUAUAAUAACGCAGUACAUAGCAGCACUGGCAGAUCCCUGUUCAAGGCACUAUAUGGAUGGGAACCUUCCCUCACCCCAAGUAACAUUCCAACAGAUGUCCCAGAAGCAGAUGAUAUGGCCACACAAAUGGAAGUGCAAUGGCAAGAGAUCAAGGCUGCACUCCGGCAAUCCAAGACACGCAUGGUAGCCAGGGAAUCAGGAGAACCACUGGAAUUCAAAAUCAGAGAAGAGGCCUGGCUAGAUGCCAAAAAUGUGAAACUAAAGACCCUGAAACUCCCGCCAUUCAUGAAAAUCCACAACAUCUUCUAUGUGGGACUACUGUCUAAAGUCAAGAGGGACAAGAAACACGCCUUUGAAAACCACCCACCACCAGUUACUGUGGACGGAGAAGAGGAAUAUGAGGUCAAAGGUAUAACAGAUGCUGAGGAGAGAAACGGGAAAUGGUUCUUCCAGGUCAAAUGGAAGGGUUAUGUCCUAGACGUCUGUAAGGACGUUGAGGGCGCGGGUGCUUGUGGCCGUGUGAGAAUACAGGUGGUGCCGCUUAAGGCAACAAGGGCUACCCUACAACGUCUAACUACUAAACUACAAUGA